AUGUCAUCUCCAUUGUCCAACAUCAAAACCGAAUCCCGACCAAUCUGGGAGCAACCACCACCACCCUACAUCGUUCUUCCUGAACUGCCACCUGAAUACCCCUCACGUCACAUGACGUUCCAACAAUAUAAAAAGCUCGCGUGUGCUCCAGAAAUCGCGCGGCAAACAUGGGCUCGCGUUGGGCAGAGUUGUGAAGCCAAACAGUUACUGGAGUUGACGAUCCUACACUGCUUCACCGAAGUUCCUCGACUUGGAAAGAAAAGGAAUAGCCAUCAGAAGGUACAAGAUCACUAUGCAACUGUUGCUAUCAAAGUGUGGAAGAGAAUUGGGAUUCUUUACAGCCAGCAAGUUGUGAGUGGUUGUCUUCUUGCGGCAAAAAUAGGGCUACGAAGACGUCUGAGAACAUUUACUAUCGAAAAAAAAUUAUUGAAAGAGAAGGUGGAGGAAAAAAUGUGGGAGUGGCCACUCUAUCUAUACAUGAGAACAUAUCGGCAUGAAGAAUAUGAAAAGGGAUUGAGGACAAAGGCGUUGAAAGAUAAAAAUGGGCAGCCUUUCGUUUUUGAAUUAAAUGACGACUACGAUAAGGAGGAGAUGGAGAAUGACAGAAGUGCAGAAUCCACCCCUGCUGACAACAUCAAGAAAGAGUCACCAGCUCCAUCCGCCUUGAAGCGCUCUGUUCUUCUUCAAGUCAAGCAAGAAGAAGGAGAACCUCCAAAGAAAAUUCCUCUCUUCGAGCCAAACACAUCUGAAUCCUCUCGACACGUGCCAGCGGUUUCUAGCCAACAUCAGGAGGUUCAGUAUAAGCCAACGCAGCGAGACUUGCCAGCUUCGUCCCGACACGUGCCAGGUUUUUCUCCAGACGUGUCGGGUUCAUCUCAAAACAUACAAUUGCCUCAAACUCACCACGUAAACCAAUUUGGGUUCCCACAGCAAACGGAUCCUCUUAGACACAAUCGAAACAAGUAUUUUCCUUAUGACCGGAGCGAAACCGAUCAAUACCAUUUCAAUGAGGAUAUGAAAUAUCUCAACCGAAAGCUGUUGAGAAUCCACGAGAAUAACGAGACGCUCUAUAGAGCCGCAAGGGACGCCGUGCUUGCGGUGACAGCGGCAUUCGAGAUGAAGACUCCGGCUAAAAGUUUGGAAUCGGUCUUCUUAGUAUUGGCAGAGUUUUUUAAGGAUGUGAAGGUUCCUGAAUGA